AUGAAUGAUUGCAUUGGUAAUUGUACUAUGCCUUUGAACUUUAAGGAUCUCGAACCGAAUGCUAUAUCAUUUAAUGGACGUAUUAAUCGUUUCCAGAAAAAUAUCCGGCAUAAUGUUUACGCUGCACGGAAUUUUCACGUGGAUGAUGGAAAUUAUCUGAGUGGUAAUUUUGAGAAAAUUUCAAUAUCAGAAGCAAGCAACGAUAUCUCAAUGACUACUAUGACUACGGUAACGACAGUAACGAAAUCUGAUACUUUUACUAGUACAAUAGCAUCUAAAUUGGAUGAUAUAUCUAGCAAGGAGAAUGAUAAUGAUGAUGAUAAUGAAGGACGAAUGAUAAUGGUUGAUACUAUUCAAAGACUCAAAUUUCAAUCCAUCUCUUUACCAGAGCUAUGCUUAUUACCACAAGAUGUGGGACCUUGUUUUGGUGAAAUAUUAAGAUGGCGAUAUAAUUCCGAAACAAAUCAUUGUGAAACAUUUAUCUAUACUGGUUGUGGACAUAAUGCUAAUUACUUUACUUCGGAAGAAGCUUGUUUAAGAGCUUGUGGAGAAUAUAGAAAUAGUGAUGUAUGUACAAUGAAAAUGGACCGUGGUCAUUGUGAAUUAGGUAUUACAAAAUGGUAUUACAAUAUGGAUGCUGGCGAAUGUCAUAUAUUCAUUUAUACUGGUUGUGGUGGUAAUGGUAAUCGAUUUUCAUCAAAAGCUGAAUGUGAACAUCUUUGUACCUCAGAGAUACUAUUUUAUGCUGAUAAUGAUGAGAAAGAUAUUUGUUUAUUAGAUCGUGAAAGUGGUCCAUGUGAUGAUCCAGUAACACAAUGGUACUAUGAUGCAACCAUUUCACAAUGCAUGCAAUUUACAUAUGGUGGUUGUCGUGGUAACGGUAAUCGAUUUAAUAGUCGAAAACUAUGUGAACAAAGAUGUUUACAGGAAAAAGAAAUGAAAGGAACAAUUGAUCGAACGGAAGAUAGCUGUUUAUUGCCAUUCGAAGUUGGAUUAUGUCAAGAUAAUCAACAGAUGUGGUAUUUUGAUAAAUCUGUCGGAUACUGUAAGGUAUUUAUGUAUGGUGGUUGUGGAGGCAAUGCGAAUCGUUUCUUCAGUGAAGAUGAAUGCAUGCAUUAUUGGUAA